AUGCGUAAUGAAACAGAAUCUCAGGUUGGAAGUAGUGUUAUUCAUAAUUUUACGUGGAUUAUACCAAAUUUCAAAAAAAUAGAGGCAUUAGCCCCAAGGCCUCAAUGCUUUCAUAGUCCUCAAUGGACCUGUAACAUCUGUGUGUUCGAUGACAACGGGUGCUCCUACAUACCAUUAAAUUGGAGACUAAAAUUUCAUCCUAACGGCAAUAGCGAAAGUUCCCAAAAUAGCAUCAGUUGCUAUUUAGAAACCAUAUUUCCGAUUGACGCACAGCCUUCUUCACGAAUCAAUGUUAAUUUCUAUAUUGGCUUUUAUGUUCCUGUUCAACAAGGGGAAAACCGAAUCUUGAAAUUAGUAAAACGUCGUAGUGAACGUCAUGAAUUCUUAAAGGUAAAACCGGCUUGGGGAUGGCCAAGUUUUUGUUCAAAAACAGUUCUAAACUGUGAAGGAAAUAAUAAUGUUAAUAAUACAGAGGAGCCUGAAAUACUAUUGCCAGAAAUGAUUCAGCAGACAGCGAGUGCUUUGGAAGACGAUACUCUUGUUGUUCAUGUUGUGAUAAUCACGCCGAACCCAGGCGGUAUCCCGGAUGAAUUAGAGGAGUCAAUGGCGCGAUUAACAUUAAAUACACGAACCGCUUGGACGGCAUUUUCACAGACUUUAAAUACACCAAAUUUUAGUGACAUUAAAUUCUUGGUUGAAGGACGAACAAUUCUUGCACAUCAAGUUAUAUUGGCAGAAAGAUCUCAUUACUUUAAAACAUUAAUAAAGAAUGACUGGACGCAAGAAAUCAAAGAAACAAAACCAGUACAUAUUCAGGAUGUAGAUUAUAAUACUUUUUAUUACGUUCUACAUUAUUUGUAUUCUGGUACUUUACUGGAAAUUUCAGGAGACACGAUUUCUGCCAAGAUUGCACAGCUUCGAAAAAUAUUUAUCGAUGCAGAAAUGCGUAAAACACUUGAAGUGGACGCUAUACAUGAGCUUGUUGAGGUUAUCAUUUCUGAAUUAAUUAAUUUGAUAAACAUGAACACUUGGGAUAGUUUACUUUUAUUUGCGUGGGAACGUGACAUUGUACGCUUACGGAAAGCAGUUUGUCGGUUUGCGAAACGAAACUGGACAGAACUUCGGAAAAGUGAAUCUUUUAAAAAUAUUUUACAAGACGCAAAUGUUGAUGUGGUAGAAGAUCUCAUUACAUCAGUCAAGACAUGA